CUGUGGACUACAUUCCCCUCUCUCGGGGCGCAGCUGACCACCCGCUGUGUCAGAGAACCCGUUUUCAGGCGUUCAUUAAAAUCAGGCGGAGAUCUUUUCUGACGUCGAUCUUCCAGUCAGGAAGAAAACGUUUCAGAAGACACUUUAGAAAAUGGUCGAGAAUGAGGAACAAUUUGUUUCUGAUUUUAUUUUGGAGAGCGACAGCGAACGUCUCCGAGAUCGACCGGUCGAUCGCGAUCGACGGGUUGGCGACCACUGCCUUCCAGGAUCUGUGACAACAUCAAUCAUGACGCGUCAUCAGCCGCCACCUGACCGGCUCCCAGAGGCGUGACGUCACGCUGCCAGCGUGGAACGUCGCGCGCUAUCCCGGAAGUAAACUGUCCGGUUGGGUCUUGAGUCUGCAACACCGAGAGAGACUCCACGGCGACCGGAUACGGGUCCAGAGAGCUCAGCGGAACACCCCGAAGGGACGACGAGGCCCGACCCCCCUCCAGACCCGGACCAGGAGCGGACCCGGACCCGACCCGACCCGACCCGGACCCGACCCGCUGACAGCUGUGACGCACACACACACACACGCACACACACACACACACACACACACACACACACACACACACACACACACACACACACAGAUGAUGGUGGACUCGACGUUGGCCCAAGUGGGCCAGAACCUGAGUGACGCCAUGAGGAUCCUGGGGGACGGACAGAGAGAACCAGAGACGGGACCAGAGAAGUGGAGCCUCAGCAGAACCAGCAUCCCUGGACCCCUGCAGGGAGUCGGGCAGGACGUGGGCUCCAUCCUGCACCUGGUCCACAACCUGAUCCACGACGCGGAGGAGGAGGAGGACAAGCCAGCGCAGCAGAGGAUGCAGCAUGUGGGGGAACAGGGUCACAUGGCCCUGCUGGGUCACAGCCUGGCCGCCUACAUCUCAGUGCUGGACCGAGAGCGCCUGAGGAAGCUGACCACGCGGAUCCUGUCCGACACCACGCUGUGGCUCUGCCGGCUCUUCAGGUACGAGAGUGGCUCGGCCUACUUCCACGAAGACGAGAGGGACGGCCUGGUCAAGGUGUGCCGGCUGGUGAUCAACGCCCGGUACGAAGACUACGCCGCCGAGGGCUACGCGGCGCUGGGCUCCCGGCAGCCCGUCAUCUACCUGAGCGCCUCGGGCCGGCCGGGCCUGGGCCAACACCUGUGCAGCCAGCUCGGCCUGCCUCUCUCCAGCCUGUGCACCGUCCCGUGCAACACCAUCUUUGGAUCCCAACACCAGAUGGACGUCGCCCUGCUGGACAAACUCAUCAAGGAGGACGUGGAGGCCGGGAAGCUGCCGCUGCUGCUGGUCGCCAACGCAGGUACCCCGGGGGCGGGGCAUACGGACAAGCUGGCUCGCCUGAAGGACCUGUGUGACCAGUACAGCAUGUGGCUGCAUGUGGAGGGGGUCAACCUGGCCACCCUGGCUCUGGCUCAGGUCAGCUCCUCGAUCCUGGCCGCCAGCAAGAGUGACAGUAUGACGCUGACUCCAGGUCAGUGGCUGGGACUCCCCGCUGUGACCGCGGUGACCCUCUACAGACACGAGGACCCGGCGCUGUCUCUGGCGGCCGGUCUGACCUGCAGCCAGCCGGUUGCUAGGCUGCGGGCGCUGCCUCUGUGGCUGUCGCUGCAGCACCUCGGACACACAGGGAUCGUCCAGAAGAUACGACACGCCACGGCGCUGAGCGAGCAGCUCCUGCAGAAGCUCAAAGGUCUGGCCUCCAUAAAGACCUCGGUGGAGGAUGAAGUCGGCUCUCCGGUGGUGCUGUUCAGGUUCUCCCAGGACACGAGUUCUGCGUCCAGCGGGGGCUCAGUGGAGGCGCUCGGUGCUGGGGACCAGGAGGUGCUGGACUCCUUCAACCGAUGGCUGGGGGAACAUCUGCUGCAGCUGGUCCCCACCAGUGGGCUGGAUGUGGUGGAGCUGGAGGACGAGGGGGCUUGUGUUCGCUUCAGCCCCCUGCUGACUGCUGCAGUGCUGGGGACCCAGCAGGGGGCCGUGGAGGAGCUGGCGGAGCAGCUGUCCCGGCUGCUGCCCGGUCUGCGCUGCACCCUGAGCCUGAGGCCGGCCUUCAGGGAGGAGGCGCGCCGCCACGCCCCCACCCUCCGAUACGUGGAGGAGCUCGGCUGGCCCGGCCUCGGGGCCGUCCGGUACGAGCCUCAGGCCCAAGGAGCAGACGAGAGCAGGAGGAAGGAGGAGCUGCAGAAGAUCAACGCAGAGCUGCUGAGGAGGCUCCAGGAGCUGGACACCGACAUCAUCUUCUCCUCCGGCCCUGAGUUCGGGCUGCAGGAGGACUGUAUCUUCGUGGGCAUGGUGCAGGAGGACGUGGACGUGCCGGAGCUGCUGGACACCGUGGCGGCGGUGGGGAGGGACAUCGAGGAGAGUGGACGGCUCCUGGAGAACAUGACGGAGGUGGUGAGGAGAGGCAUCAUGGAGGCAGAGCUGCAGCUGCAGAGGGCCAACGAGGAGAAGCUCCUGGAGGAGGGCAUGCUGAGACAGCUCCCCCUGGUGGGCUCCGUGUUGAACUGGUUCUCUCCCUCUCAGAGCUCCAUUAAGGGGCGGAGCUUCAACCUGGCUGCAGGGUCUCUGGACUCCACAGAGAACAAGUACUCCACCAAGACCCAGCCAGGCAGGCCGGCCCUGCAGGAGAGCCCCACCUCCUCCUCCAGGAGACACCCAGGUAGGUCUGGUCCCCGUGUGGGACUGAGCCCCUCCUCCUCCUCCAGGAGACACCCAGGUAGGUCUGGUCCCCGUGUGGGACUGAGCCCCUCCUCCUCCUCCAGGAGACACCCAGGUAGGUCUGGUCCCCGUGUGGGACUGAGCCCCACCUCCUCCUCCAGGAGACACCCAGGUAGGUCUGGUCCCCGUGUGGGACUGAGCCCCACCUCCUCCUCCAGGAGACACCCAGGUCAGAGGUGGUUCCAGCGCUCGGGGCCAGACUCCGGCUCCAUCGGCCCCGCUGAGGAGACCACCGGGGAGGAGACCACCGGGGAGGAGAGUACCCCUCACGAGGAGGACCUCCACCCUGCAGGUGUUGAGGAACCAGAGAACCUCCAGGAGUCUCCUGUGCAGCAGGAGGAGAAGGAUGGGGAGAAGCAGGAGAAGAAGCAGGAGGAGGAGAGGCAUCCUGAAGGCCACGAGGAGGAGCAGAGCUAGGAACCUCACCGUCCUCUGAAUGGUACCAGCCCAAAAGAAAGGUCCCCCUGGUCCGUCCCUAGUGAUGGAGACAUGCGGUCCAGAGUCUCCAGGUGACCUCUGACCUCAUCACCUCUCUUGAAGCCUCCUGUGUGUCUCACUGUAAAUACUCAGGUGUUCUCUCUAACCCAUGAAGAUACUAACUAUUUCAAAUGAAGUGAAUCUGUAUAGAAGGAGUCUCAUAAUCUAUUUAAUAAAACAUUUAAUAUGCACCUGUUAAACAUCUUCAUGUCUACUGGAACCAGGUUUAGAGAACGAGAUCAUUGUUAUCAAUAAAACGCUGUAGGUUAUUAAUUAUGAAUCUUACCUGAUUAGUCAUAAUACACACAUCUAUUAGGAGAUGAAGCUUUAAUGGUUAAUUGCUCAACAAUUAGAGAAGAACGUGUAAUUUUAUGAGGAAAAGUUGUGAAUUUACAACCGUGAAAAGACAGUUAGUGUAAUUUUAUAAUAUAUAUAAAUAUAUAUAUAUAUAAUAUAAUUUUGCAAGAAAAUCUCAUGAUUAGGUAGUUACAACAAUUAAACAAUUAACUUUUUUAAACAAGCAAACAUAAUUAGUGGAAGAAGAGCAUGUUCAUGGUUUAAUUACAUUAUUAUUAAAUAAGUAAUGACAAGCUUAUUACAUAAUAUGUAAUGAGAAGCUUAUUAUUACAUUAUUAUACAAUAUGUAAUGAGCUUAUUAUUACAUUAUUAUACAUAUGUAAUAUGUAAAGAUAUUCUCUCUAUCAUGAUCUUUUCGAGUUAUUACAACUUUAUUCUCACGAUGUUUCCCUUAUUUCCUCAUGAACUUCUUUUCAUAUUAAUAUUCUCAGUUAAUAACGGAGACCCUCUACUUCAUGGACUGAUUCUCUUCUAAUGGCACAUGUCAAGGUUUUCUUUGGGUCUUUUUAUGCAACUAUAUGUGUGUGGGGGGGGGGGGUUGUCUGUCGGGUCACAUGACCUCCUGUCUGACACGUGUGUGUCUUCUGUCCACGCGAGGUUCUUUCACAGCUCUGACGUCCAUCUCUUGUCCCGUUUGCUGUCUUUUGGUAUCCAUGACAACAGAUGAUGAGCCCGUUAAGUACACGUAUGUUAAGGAUAAAGUGAGGAGUCCAGACGUCCAUUCUGCACUGGGUCUGUGUGCCGGGUCCUCCAGGGUAGAUCCUGAAGGACCCGGCACACUGUGGACACCUAGAGGGUAGAUCCUGAAGGACCCUGCACACUGGGUGUUUGUGGUCCUGAUGGACCCUGCACACUGGGUGUUGUGGUCCUGAUGGACCCAGCACACUGGGUGUUGUGGUCCAUUGUGAAAUGAAUGUGGUUGUGGAUCCAGCCUGUGGUCCAGACCCUCAGACCCCGAACCAAAGACCUGCUGUUGCAGAGCUGUUGAGCCUGAAGAUGUGGACAGUGGAGGGAACCCGGUCCCAGAAGAACCCGUCAGCAUGACUGCACUUGUUCUGUAGAUGGUGUGUUUACUCCUGUUCUUUAUUUAAUUGUUGACGGUGUAAAUGAAUCGUAUUGAUCGUGUGUCAUUUGAUCCGAUGUUAAUCUGUAACGUCUCACGUCUGAAUGAUUUGAUAUGCAGAAUGUUUCCUCUUGAAUGUUUUCUACGAUUAGUUUACAGAAAAGCCUCUGACAUCUUCUGUACAUUCCUAACAGAAUAAAUUCAAAGUUUUGAAAUCUAAACUGUU